AUGUCUCCAAGAACAGCAACGAAAGCCUCCUCUAGAACCACCACUAAACCCACCACCACAGCUAAGAAGCUCUCGCAAGAAGAGUUUACCGCCUACAUCAACGACCCCCGCCUCAACCGGACCUUCCAGCUGCCGGCCGACCCAUCGCGCGGCCGGACAACACCCUUUCAGGUCUCAUACGCCGACUUUGGCUAUCACCGCGAAGAUGGCCACGACGACCAUGGUGAGGAGCAAGUGCUCCUGUUCUUCGGACCGCUCAUGUCUUCACGCCUGCACAAUGCUGCAAAGGAUGGGUUGGCGAAGAGGUACAAGGUCCGUAUCGUGAACGCAGAACGCCCGGGCAUUGGUAAGACGGACAGCGUGCCGGCUGAGAGGCUGCUCGAGGUUUGGAGGGAAGCCAUUGCCGCCCUGCUUAACCACCUUGGCAUCAAGCACGUCUCUAUAGGCUGCCACAGCGGCGGCACCGUCUUCGGGCUCGACUUCGCCGUUCAUUACCCGCAAUUUCUACACCCGGCGCGGCCCUAUAUCGCCAUCGCCGGCCCCUGGGUCCACUCGUCGCACUCGGGCGUGCUCAUCUGGUCGCUGGCCUCUUCGCUACCGCGCUCGGUGGUCGCCCAGACCGACAAAAUGGCCACGCUUGUCAACUCGACUCUAGGACCCGCACUGGGCGUCAGCGCCGCCGUCUCGGGCAGCGUACCCCAGCUCUGGCCCAAGGCGAAGCCCACGGGUUGCGAGGGCCCGGACAUCGACCUCGAGGAGGGUAUACGCGACCGGGUGGGCAAGCGCGUCUUCGCCGGUAGCGUGCGCGGGCUGGGCCAGGAGACGCAGGUGCUGCUCCGCAACGGGGUCGAGAAGGACGGAUGGUCGGAUUGGGGCGACUAUGAUGUGCUGGCACCGCGCCUGGCCGAGGCGGUGCGCGGCGUUGGGGGCGCGACGCUGAAGGUGGACGUGUUCUUUGCGGAAAAGGACAACAUGAUUGGCAAUGCGGGCGAUAAAGGGAACAGGUGGUUCGAGGCGUGCUGGAGGGAUGUGGACGGCGUGGAGUUUACGAGCGAGACAGUGAAGGGGGCGGACCAUGAUCGCGUGUGGGAUCUGCGGUUUGGCGUAAUGGAAAGGGUGUUCAAGACGAUGACCCACGAGGCAUGA